AUGGCCGGCCGGACAAGUUCGGCCUUUUGUUAUUCCGUGUUAGUUCUUUAUUUGAUACUGUUAACAAGUUCGAAUAAUGGACAGAGGUUUGGUGAUAAAGCAACCACACUUCAUAUCUCAGAGGAUGACGGUUCGUAUAUUGGCAAACAGCCGCUUGUCAUCAAUCGAGGCGAGCAUUUAUCCGAUGGUAGCGAAACGUCAUCGGGACGAAACCGCAGGGAUGUCCCAACGGCGCAUCCGAGUAACAAUCCGAACAUCAUGACGAAGGUGAAUGCUUUAAAUGAUUCACACCAACAGUUAAUGGUGCAUUGGGUUGGUGAAGGAUCUAAUGUAAUAAUAUGUCUAGCAAGAGAUAGCACAUUUAUGAUGCGACUUCAUGGAAGCAAAUUUUCUGUAUCCACCAAUCCCAGUGCUGUGUAUAUAAGUUACGAUUAUGGGGACACAUUUGAGAAUAAAACUGAAAGCUUUAAAGUCUCUUCUGAACCGAAUGCAGCAUAUGCGACUCUGGACAAGUUUAUUUAUCAUCCAAAGUAUUAUAAAUAUUGUGUUUUUGUGGACAGCUUCAAUAGCUUAAUCUUUCUCACACCAAACAAUGGAGAAUUCAUUCAAAGAGUUGAACUGCCAUUCCAUCCUAGUGAAAUUUCAUUUUCCGAAAUGGACCCUAGAGCCCUUCUUGCCCUUGACAAAACGGACCCACAACGCAAAUUGUGGUUGUCAAUGAAUAUGGGAUUCACUUGGAUACCAAUACACCGCUAUGUGAAAGCAUUCUUUUGGUCAUCUUCACCUGUAAUAGUGAUUGAACGAAUCGAGCCUUUUGGAAAACACACCGUCUUAGAAUUACCUUGGGCAUAUCUAGAACUUUACCAAUCGAUGACAUUGGGGUUAGAUAUGAAAAUGUUAAACAGAUCGUUUACAGUCGUAAUGACAUACGUUGAAGACUUUCAGAUUAGAGGUGAUUAUAGAUUCGCAACAACGAAAGAUAUGAAGACCGAAACAGAGAAUUUAGAUCUUUAUGUGUCGUACAAGAACAACAGUUUCGUUAAGGCUGAAUUUAGUCCAGACUUACCUCGUAAAAAUUACCACAUCGUCGACGUUUCAUAUAACCGAGUCUUUGUCACAGUGGCUCACAGUGAAACUCAAGUAAAUCUCUAUGUGUCGGAAAUCGUAGAUGAAAAGAAGGCAACGUUCGUAUUAUCGCUCGAAGGAAUUCUCACAUUCUUCCCUAAUAGUACUUGGAAAGACAGUUGGUUGAAUGACGUAGCAGAUGAAGUGUUUACUGAUCUUUACAAAGUCGAGGGUCUCCGCGGUAUUUACAUAGCAUCCCAAGUAAAGGGAACACCAAAGUCGGGCUCAAUCGGACCAGAGCAUUUAAUUUCACUGAUAACAUUCGACCACGGGGCAACAUGGAAUCCCAUCAAAGCACCAACUGCAAAUCACGAAGGGUUUUACGUUCAUUGCACGAAAAAUUGCUCGUUGCACCUGAGUCAACGGUUCAGUCAACUGUAUCCGGUCACCAGAUCCGCAUCCAUCAUGAGUUCCAAGUCUGCUCCCGGCAUUAUAAUGGCUACCGGAGUUGUGGGGCCAAAUUUAAAAGGUCAUCCCGCCCUCUACGUGUCCAGAGAUGCUGGCAUUACUUGGAAGCAGGUGCUCAAGGAGUAUUAUUUCUUUAAUAUGGGUGAUCACGGUGGUUUGUUGGUAGCCGUGAAGUAUUUUAAGUCGCGCGGUGAAACGCGAGAUCUUUCUUAUUCCGUUGACGAGGGCGAAACCUGGCAGACUUACGUGUUCAACGAGAAAAUGUUGAGAGUGUACGGGCUCAUGACUGAACCGGGGGAGAACACAACGGUGUUCACGAUGUUCGGCUCGGACAGUGGGCAGCAUCAGUGGCUGAUAAUCAAGGUCGACUUGCGAAACGUGUUCGAAAGAAACUGCACCAAGGAGGACUUCAAGUUCUGGUCUCCUUCGUUCUCGGACAAACCGGGAAUGCCGUGCGUGUUAGGCCGAAAGGAGACUUACCAAAGAAGAGCCGCAUGGGCGAAUUGUUACACGGGCGUGGACUAUGAUCGGCCUAUUCGAACGGAGGUAUGCCCCUGCGAUGCUCAUGACUAUCACUGCGAUUUCGGUUUUAUGCGAGAAAACUUAACGUGUAUCCGCAAUAAGUCCAUGAUCUCGUUCGAUCCUUACGCUAUACCGACUACUUGCAAGCCCGGUGCGUUCUACAAGCGAACGAAGGGGUACGUAAAGAUAUACGACGACGAGUGCGUUGGUGGUUGGUCCAGGAAUCACGAGCCGGACGAGAUUCCGUGUCCCAUAGGAGAAAUGUCGCAGUUUCUGUUGGUUGCUCAACGGGAGCACAUUUCGCGCAUCGACCUGGUAGAAGAGAAAUUGGAGAAGUUGCCAGUUCAUGACCUGAAGAACGUCAUUGCCAUAGAUUUCGAUAUGAAGAACAAUUGCCUGUACUGGGCGGAUAUUGUCAACGACACGAUUGGUAGACAAUGUUUCAACGGCACAAACGCGCCUGAGAUUCUAGUCGAGACCGAUCUGAGUUCCAUCGAGGGAAUGGCAUUCGACUGGGUGUCCAAUCUCUUGUACUUCGUCGACGGCGUUAAGAUGCGGAUUCAAGUGAUCAAAACGAAUAUAUCCACUAUGGGACGAAUGCGAAGAACAAUCCUGGGACCGAAUAACUUGCAGAAACCUAGAGGUAUAGCGGUUCACCCUAUGAACGGGUAUAUGUUCUGGACCGAUUGGGCGCCGGGCAACGCUUCGGUGUCGAGAGCGAAUCUCGAUGGGACGGAAGUAAAACGAUUGUUCGUGGAACCGACCGUCGAGUGGCCAAACGGUAUAACUAUCGACCAUAUAGCGGAACGUAUCUACUGGGUGGACGCUAGACAGGAUUAUAUAGGAUCCAGCGACUUCGACGGAAAGAAGUUUAAAAAGGUAAUCUCGAAGAACGAACGGGUAUCGCAUCCGUUUGCUGUCGCGGUGUUCAAGGACAACAUGUACUGGGACGAUUGGAAGCAAUCUAUGAUAUUCGUGGCGGACAAAGAUCACGGUUUAGGUAUCUCCACCAUUAUAGGGGAAUUGACCGGUCUGAUGGACGUGAAGGUGUUCGCUCACAGUAUUCAGCACGGUACAAACGCUUGCGUGAACAGCACAUGCUCGCAUAUCUGCGUUGGGGCACCGAAGGGCGGUCACACGUGUCUCUGUCCGGACGGGAUGGAGAUGAUCGACGGGAAAUGCAUGUGCCCCGAGGGUGUCACGCCCUAUCCGAACUCGACCUGUCCACGUGUGGCGAGUACCUGCGCCGCGAAUCAGUUCGCCUGCGAGAAUAACGUUUGUAUCCCCGCGUUCUGGCGUUGCGACGGCGACAACGAUUGCGGCGAUCGUUCGGACGAGUUGCACUGUCUGCGGAAACCUUGCCUGUCGAACUUCGAGUGUGACAACAGCACGAAAUGCAUCUCCCAGUCGUGGGUCUGCGACAUAGACAAGGAUUGCAAGGACGGCACGGACGAGAAGACCUGCAAGUACUCAACUUGCACCGAGUCGCAGUUCAAAUGCGCGGAUGGCAGAUGUAUAUCACAGAGAUGGGUAUGCGACGGGGAGCACGAUUGCCAGGAUUUCUCGGACGAGUGGUUCUGUCAUACGGAAGCGGGCGAGGUACCGCGGAACAGUUGUAGAUCCGACGAGAUGCUCUGCAAGUCCGAGCACUCUUGCAUACCAACUGCCUGGAAGUGCGACGGCGAGUCCGACUGCGAGGACGGGAUGGACGAGGCGGAUUGCAGCAAAGUCGAGUGCGAGAGUUGGCAGUUCACCUGUAACUUGUUCCACGGUAGCCGUAGAUGUAUCUACAAGUCUUUCGUUUGCGACGGGGACAAAGAUUGUCCAGACGGAUCGGACGAGGUGAACUGUACCACCAAUGUUAGACCGGCGCCACCUUUAUACCCGACGUUGUUGAAUUACACCUGUAACGACUGGAUGUUCAUGUGCGACAAUAAGAAAUGCGUGCCGUACUGGUGGAAGUGCGACAGCGUGGACGACUGUGGCGACGAUUCCGACGAGAUCGGAUGCGGGAAUGCCUACGAGACCGACACCACCACCGCGGUGGCCAUUACCGAGCAGCCAAAGGUCUGCAAGGAGCAUCGUUUCCAGUGUUUGAACGGCGAAUGCAUACCGAACGCGUGGGUAUGCGACGGUUCGAACGAUUGUUCGGCCGGCGAAGACGAGCUACGAUGCGUCGGCGAACAGGCAUCCUGCCAGGAGAAUCAGUUCAAGUGUCGCAUGGACGGCGCCUGUAUACCGAUCAAACUCGUCUGCAACGGCGCGGAGGACUGUCCGGACGGCACCGACGAGCUGGGCUGUUCCACCGAACAACAUUCCAGUCCAGCCGUGACGCCGUCCUGCUACGUUGGUCUGUUCCCGUGCGACGAGACACGUUGCUUCCCGUUGGCUGCUUAUUGCGAUGGAAAUCAGGAUUGCUACGACGGCUUCGACGAGAAGAACUGCGAUAAGAACAGCUCGCGUAUUUAUCAAGUUCUGAUGAUGGGCGUCGACGAGCGAUCGGUCAACUCCACCAGUCUGUUCUUGUUCUGGUGGAUGCCGGUACCGGCGAACGUCACCCUUGAAUUUAUGCCGUCCAUCGCGUUAGCGGAACCGGCCGCGAACUGGACCAAUGCCAGCAAAUGGAUCGAGGAAGUGGAGUAUCAGUUCAACGAUCUGAAACCGUAUACACUUUACAACGUGACCGUUUACGUUCGACAGAAGGGACAAUCGACCGUGUUCCCGCCAGCGAAGUACUUGACUGUUAUAACAGGAAAGGGUGUACCUUCGGAGCCACGAAACCUCACCGUCACGCAGGGUUACGGGACACGGGUGGAAUUGCACUGGCUGCCUCCGUUGCAUCCGAACGGGCCUAUUAUCGGCUACGAAGGAUUCGUGAUGCCGCCCGUACCGCCUGUACGUUUCUUCAAAGUGAAAACGUCCGCGGUAUUGGACAUGGCCUUCGAGGCGGGCGGGAAUUAUCUGUUUUGGGUGAUAGCUAAGAACUCCGAGCGCGAAUCGGCUUCGUCGAACGUGGUCACGUUGACGUUCGACGGCACCGUGAACAUGGACAACAUCGAGGGGCUUAGAGUCCUGACGACCACUAAUCAUUCGGUUACGUUGGCUUGGAAGCAAAUCAAGGAUGUCGAUGGAUAUCACGUGACCGCCAGAGGCGACAGCGGUCCGUAUCCUUGGCUGCCGACGGUUUCCACGUUGCAGAAUCGGUUAGAAUUCACGAAAUUGGCACCCGGAGUGAAGUACAUAUUCGAGGUGGAAGCCAUUAAAAAGAAGUACGUCGGGAAACCGGCUACCAUAACCGCGUUCACGGAAGGAACAAAGUUACCGUACGUCAGUAACUUCGAAGCUCAGCUGGUCAAGCCCCACGGAAGGUCGGUGAAGUUGACUUGGGCACCGAUUACAAGCCCAAAGAAGAUCAAGUGGCAGUACGCUAUCCAUUAUGCCAUUCAUUGCCGGGAUAUCUUUGGCGAAUACAAGCUGCUCACAACGAAUCUGUCCGCUACGAUCAAGGAUUUGGACGCCUGCGAGUCGUACUGCUUUACAAUUGGAGUUAAUGGAGAUUACGGCGCUGGCCCCCUGUUCAUGCCGCGUAGAGUAUUUACCCAUUUCAAUGUACUCGCUCCGCCAAAGAAACUGAAGGUCACUCCGUCCGACAGGCAUGACACCAUCGUCAUCUCGUGGAGCGCCAGUUGCCCGAAAAUCGAUGAACCUAUUAAGUACACGAUCACGGUGACCGAGAUGACAUUGGACAAGCAUUUCAUUGUUACUCUACCACCGACAAACGAAACAAUGAUGAAGCACACUUUCAAUUCCAUAAAGCACGGCGGCAAAUACCGUAUCGUUAUAACGACAGACGUCGAGAACGCAAUACCAAGUGAGCCGUACAUCUACACGGCCCCGAUGAUAUUGCCUCCUCAUCAAUUGGAAGUGGUUCACGACAACACGAACUACGUUGUGUUUUGGCAAGAGCAUGAUCUACCGGAAAGCCUCAAGAAUGCGAAGUAUCAUUACGAGAUUCUGGUGGUCGAAGGAUCGAACACGAUGAACGAAUCGCUCGCCAAGAUCUACAAGAUUGAUCAACCACCGUACACGUACAAGGACGUUAAACCGGAUGUAAUUUAUACGUUCGCCGUUCGUUUGGUCACAGACGAAGGCUAUCAGAGCCGAUUGAGCGAAAUCGUCAGCAUUAGAACGUUUGCUGAAAUGUCGCUACCGGUCACGAUAAAUACAUCCAACAUCCUAUCUUUCGCUAUACCCAUCUGUUUGCUCAUUGUCGCUCUGGGAUUUGCGUUGUACUUUGUCGUGAGGCACAGGAGGCUGUCCAAGAGCUUCACGCAAUUCGCUAACAGCCAUUAUGAUACAAGACGCGGGCAAGCGACGUUUCCUGGAACUACGGAUGGUUUGGAAGAAGAAGACAGCCCUGUGAUCCGAGGCUUUUCCGACGACGAACCAUUGGUAAUAGCAUAAGCCCAGCGAGCAUCCAACGUCCACAACUAUAUUACACUUCCACGUGAAACAGACACAGAAGAUACAUUACACACGCACACAAACACAUACACAUAUACGUACAUAAACAUAAUAUGAUAUUUACGUGUUAGGAGAAACGUGCCAAGACACUAUUAUUAAUUAUGAUAAACUUCGAGUAUACAUGUAUAGGUAAGACCUGAUCAUAAAAGUGGGAAGCUUUUAUGAAAGUGGCUCAAGACUGACACACUUCACUAAUCGUUAGUAAGUUACAGAUUGAUUAGACGGGCUGCUUAGAGCACUUACAUGAAAGCUUGUACGUAUCAACAUCCUCCUUUACGUUUUAGAGAGAUCUAAUUAUAUACGCGACUGUUCAAAAUUUUGGAGCAUCGUUUAGUCUAGCAAAAAAAAAAAAAAAAAAAAAAAAAAAAAAAAAAAAAAAAAGAACAGAGAACAACUGUUUCUUCCAAAAGAAAUACGGUUUCCGGGCACAAUUUUCAACACGUUUCUCAUGUCCUAGACAAAAUAUUUUCUACUCGGUCGCUAACAGCUGCUACCGUCGAGGCCUUGUCUGUCGUGAGGGUGAACCGUGUGCUUUUGGAAAAGUUAUUUUAACGAAUCAACCAACGUUCCCAUUGUUAUUCGCGAUAUCAGUUUAUUAUCUGUGCGAAAUAUUCGAUCGUUCCGAGUUGUGCCCCCCAAUUUACGUUCCGGGUGAUACCUAACCAUUUACGAUACGGGCAAAAACAAUACCGUGUGCCGGCGUAAAAAACAAAAAAAAAAGAAAGAAAAGAUGUUCCAAAUUUUUGAGCGGUGGUUUGUACAUGUACAUGAUACCGAAUUAGUAUACGGACAGUUAAGUCAUGCUGGCGGGCCGCGGAGAUAGAAGCGCAAGCUGUUGUUUGAUAAUGUGUAAAAGUCGUGCGAUAAAACGGGAGAGAAAGAGUAAUCUGUACAUAUAGUAAAUAUUUUGUACCGAACCGCAGAAACUAGAAAAGCGUAUUUCCA